AUGCACCCCAAAGCUCAGGUUAGGCCUCACACCGAGGGAGACUAUGCUUGGUCUCGUCCCCAUGGCCUGGUGGAGAAGCCUGGCAUGUACCCCGGCGAAACAGAAGCUUGGGUUUACUGUGACAAGUUCUCUUAUGAGGAGGGCGAGAAUGUCUCUCUGAAAACACAUACAACAGCAGACCAGUAUGAUAUUGAGAUUAUUCGAGACGGGGCUCGCCCCAAGACAGUUUUCUUACAGACCGGCUUACCCGGAGCAACGCAUCCUACACCCGGCGAUGCUUAUGCAACCGGUUGCGGGUGGCCUGAAGCAUUGCAAAUCCACCUCGAGCCAGGACAGUGGGAAUCCGCCUUCUACCUAGUCAUCAUACGUGCUCGAGAGCCCAGUGGCCGCAUCUACGAGCGUGAAGGGUUUUUCAUUAUAAAAGACAAACAGCGAAAAACCGACACAUCCAACUCCGCCGACUUCGUCUUGAUCCAUGCUACCUCAACCCUUCUAGCCUAUAAUGACUGGGGCGGUGCCAACCACUAUCGUGGCAUUGCAGACGGUUACCAGAAUGAUGAGCCAUCCCCUCUGUCUAGCACCCAACGACCUAUCGCUAGGGGAAUGUUAAGAAUACCUCAAAACGCACCAAGGGAGGCUAACGGGGCCGUGAAGGUCAAGAAAGGCGAUACUCCAAGGUUUCCGUCUUUGGAGUACUCUUGGUACUUUCGGUAUUCUCGGCACUACGCCGACGCAGGUUGGGCAACAUACGAGCGACCUUUCACCAUAUGGGCAGAGAACAAUGGCUAUCGUGUGCACCAUCUGACUCAAUCAGACCUUCACGCUGAGCCCGAUUGUUUGAGUGGCUACAAGGUAGCCGUGGCGGUCGGUCACGACGAGUACUGGUCGUGGGAGCAACGCGAUACCCUCGAUGCUUUUGUUGACAAUGGAGGAAAACUUGCUCGCUUCGGGGGUAAUUACAUAUGGCAGGUCAGAUUUGACGAAGCUGUACAGACCCAAUAUUGCUACAGAGUCCCUCAAGCAGAUCCGGAGACAGAACAUAACCCUACCCGGGUGACCACAUUCUGGGAUUGUCCACUGAUCGGAAGACCUGGUGCACAGACCGUGGGCCUCACUGGCAUGAUGGGCUGUUAUACUCGGUACGGAAUGGCAUCUCCAAGAUCUUCCGGGGGGUUUCAGGUAUAUAGGCCAGAGCACUGGGCUUUACGAGGGACUGAAUUAAGAUACGGUGACCAUUUUGGAGUCGACCCAGUCAAUAUCGCGGCAUUUGAGGUUGAUGGUGUGGACUACCAGUUCAGCAAGGGUCUUCCGUACCCGACUGGAGAGGAUGGGGCUCCUAUGAAUCUGGAGAUCAUCGCCAUGUGCCCUGCAACCUUUGGGGAGAGGGACAUUUACGGCGGCAAAGAGCCCAUCGGUGGGCCCCUUCGAGAAGUUCUUGAGGUUAUACAGCUCGGGUAUGAAAGCACGACGGUGCCUGAAUAUCUGAAAGACCGGGAAUACGGAUCCGGCAUGGUGGCUUCCUUCACAAGAAAUAAGGGUGAAGUUUUCUGCGCUGGGACUUGCGAAUGGGUUGCAGGCUUAAUUCAUCGUGAAGAGUUCACCGAGCAUAUCACCAAGAACGUACUGAAUAGGUUCGUCGGGGUCGAACGUCAAAACUCGCAAACAACAGUUCUUUAA